AUGGCUCGUCAAAGAGGUGGCGCAAGGAGGUCUUCGGCAGGCAGUGGCGGCGGCUUUUGCGCCUCUGGCUUCAAGUGCUGCAUUAUUUGCAUGGUUUCUAUCCGAGGCGUCAUCAGCAAGCCUUCUUCUUCCUCGCAGCCUGCCCCGGUUCACCACGCUCCCGCCCCAGUUCCCUCUAGCGGAGGCGGCGGCUUCAUGGCGAACAUGGCUGCCAAUGUUGCCGGAGGAAUGGCGUCCGGCGUCGGAUUCGGCGUUGCUCAGCGCGCGGUGGACGCGGUGAUGGGAGCCCGCCAGGUGGAGGUUGUCCACACAAACACGUCCGUGCCCCCUGCGCCGCUGGCGCCAGCCGCUGCGGCUCCGGCGCCAGUUGCUCCGCGCGCUGUCGGUGCAUGCCAGCAACUGAGCGAAGAGUUGAACCAGUGCAUCCAGCGGCAUUCUGACCUGAGCCUGUGUCAGCACCACUUUGACGCUCUCAAGCAGUGCCAGCUGGCCAGUGGCGGGAGCGCUUAA